GUGGGAUUGUGGUUAAUUUAUCGACAAGAAAUGUCGAAAAUAUGGCGGGAAGCAUUCGCACAGUGUAUGUAGACGAACGUGAAAGGUGGAAUUUUCCAAUGAAUAUUUGGAUUAUGGAUAUUAUUAUUGCGAGUAGUAAAAUGUGUUGGAACGACACGCUUGGCGUUGUAAAAUGUUGAAAAUAUAUUUGAAUGUUGAUUGCAAAGUGAGUUAAAAAUGAUUGAGGAAGAUGGAUAUAAAGAAGAUUUACCUGUUAAGAUAACAAUAAAGGAUGGGAAAAACCCUGCAGAGAUAUAUAGAACGGAUUUUAUCACAGCCAUGAAGAUACCUGAUCAACAAGUCAUCAUACCUGGUAGUUACUACAACCUAGUUGACUCCUGGAAACAAGAAUGGGAACGAGGUGUCCAGGUUCCAGUGAAUAAAGAAUGUGCACCGCAACCGUCGUUUAGCGUCAUAGCAGCAGAAAAUCUACCCAUGAAGAACGACUUCAGAAUGCCCUACAAGUUCAUAAAUCACCGCGGCAAGAGGAGAAAUGGGCAUAAGAAGAACAUCCUUGCGCCUAUAUACAAUUUAGAUGACGAGGAUAUGCAAUGGUUAAGGAUUUUUAACGAAUCAAGAAAAAAUAAUGGUCAACCUAUUAUUGAUGAACUGCUUAUGGAAAAAGCCAUCGGAUGUUUGGAAAAUCAGUGUUACAAUAACAUGGGCGAGAUGAUCUCAACAGCGAAGGGUCUAAGCAUCGAGUACGACGAAGAUAUAGCUUGCGACAUCUGUAGAUCGCCCGAUUUUGAGGAAGACAACGUAAUAUUGUUCUGCGACGUAUGCGAUGUUGCCGUUCACCAAGCCUGUUAUGGUGUUAAAAAAGUGCCUGUUGGAAGUUGGGUUUGUCAGCCAUGCUCACAGUUCCUCUCUGAUACUCCAUGUUUGUUGUGCUCAACUCGUGGUGGCGCUAUGAAAAAAACGAAACUGAAGGGCUCGGACGGUUGGGUACAUAUGAGUUGUGCUGUGUGGAUACCGGAAGUAAAAAUUGGAAAUGUCGAGAAAAUGGAGCCAAUUACGAACAUAGAAAACGUCAAUCCAGGACGAUGGAACCUGUUGUGCUCGCUGUGCAAAGAAAAGCGUGGCGCUUGUAUACAGUGCUCGGUAAAAUCUUGUGUUACUGCUUUUCACGUAACUUGUGGCUUUGAUAACGACUUGCACAUGCAAACUGUGUGGGAUGAAUCGAUGCCCGAUGGAGUAAGACACGUGUCUUAUUGUUUGAAACACACGCAAAAAAGAAGCGAUCGAUCCCCAUGCAAACCAUCUAAUCUUAAUUCAUCAAAAUCAUCUGCUGACAGCAGCCCUUGUACAUCACCGUCGAAAUCUUCUUCAAGUUUUCGAGUGAAGGAGCAAGAAGAGCGAGAUGAUCUCCGGCAAAAUAGAUUGCGCGGAAUGGAGGAAGAAUUUUAUUCAUAUGCCAACGCUGAACAUCUCGCGGACGAAUUAAACAUUGCGAUUGACAUUGCCACUGCUGUUUAUCGUUUCUGGACUUUGAAACGAAAGUCUCGAGAAGAUGCUGCUCUACUUCCUCCUACACCUGAACAACAAGAACUGUUAAGUGGACGGCAAAUAAAGCCGUUUCAAAAGGCAACCAUGGAGGCUCAACGAAUUGUGCGACUUCGUCAGGACCUGGAAAGAAUUCGAAACUUGUGCUACAUGAUCGAGAAACGCGAGAAAUACAAACGAGAGUUGCUUGCAACUCGCGAAGCAAUUUUUUACAAGCAGAAUGAGAUCCUAGGCGAUAACUCGUGUAAUAUUUUGGUGGAGAAUUUGCGCACACCUUGCAUCAAAGACUGGACUGUGAACAACGAGCAAUCUGAAUCGCUAGAUUUGCGCUUACCUGUGAGGCCAAAGGUAUACAAAAAGCGAGGAAGGAAACCCAAAAAGAGACGAAAGAGUUCAAUGGUUUUGACAAACGUGUAUGCGGUCGAUAAAUCAAAAUCUGGCGAAACUCAAAAGGAGAGCGAAGAGAUUGUUGACGUGGUUACUGAAGAGCAAAUCGACACUAGCUAUAGAGAUUUGCUUCUUGGAAAAUCUAAUGGUACUUUAACGAAUGAAAAUUCUCCACGUGAAGCUCAAUUGACGAACAAACAUAUUCAGCCAGAAAACAAUAAAUCAUUGAAGCUCGAGCUGGAUGGCAAAGCAUUCUCAGACUCUCAUUUUGCGAACAAGACUACGAGUAAGGAAGAGUGUCGUAGAUCUUCAAUUAUGCGGUCAAAGACUAGGGAAGCGAGUUAUUUUAUUAAGACUAAUGAGGAUGAAGUAAAUUUUAACAAGACUUGUAUUACGAAACCCUCUGCUGUAGAAAGUAAUGGCACUGGUACUAGGCGGUUAAAUGUGAAACCAAAUGCAAUUAAAAUGUUUUCUCUGGUCGAAAUCAACGAAAUUGACAAGUGUUCCGUCCCUCACAUUUGCGCGGAUACAAAUAAUUUUUCUGGUGAAAAAUCUAAAGCAAGUCGUAAGCGCUUAUUUGAUGGAUUAAGUGCUACAAAUAAUAGGCACAAAGUAAGAACUAACGACGUUUUCUCAUCGGAAUCGUCAUUUUCCAAUCAUAUUAAAAGAAUAUGCUUGGAGAAUGGAACAUUAGGUAAAAUUAGUCCCACGGGAUCUCGCGAAGUUACCCACUCAAAGGAACAUAGUAAUGUAUCGUACGUGCGUUUAACUAGAUCGCGAAGUCGAGCCGCUAGCUUUGAUGCAUUAGAUCAAAAUGAAUGUUCGCUUGAUGACCGUGAAGAUAGGAAACGACGGCUGAAUGGUGCGUUGAAUGCUAGUUGUGCUUCAUCGUUGGGCUCUCGAACUCGCUCGACGCGAAACCUUUCUAAUGUGCGGCUUGAUUUUGAUGAAAAUGGCGAUCAGAAUGUUGAUAUCAACAUUCUGUCACAUUUUGGUUGCUCUAAGGACACGAGUAAAUUAACUGAAGUCGCUUUGCAGUCCAGAUUCCGCAAUUCUACGCGUUCUCGCGUGACUUCACGUUGUACGUUAUCCGGAAAUCAAAACGUAAAACGCGACAAAAGGAGAUCAAAUGCUGAACCCGAUGAUUGUAGAUCGGUCAGAAGGAAAGAGCGGUUAAGAUCUUCGCAGCCAACUUUGGGUCGGUCUGUAUUUUUUGGAAGAACUAGAGUAGUGGCAACAACAAGUGGAUGAUUGUUUGUCGACAACAAAACAAAACAAAAGUCCUCGCGAAGUCAGGUUCUGCAUCAGAAUGUUGCAAGUAAGAAAAAUCAUCCAAGUCAGAUGGAACGGAGCAUUUGUAUGACCGCUUUUAAGAGGAUUGGGAUUUGACAACCGGAACGAGAGCCGAGACGAAAAACCAACUGAUCAAAAUUAUCAAAAUUGCCUCUUUCCUGAAAUACAGUUGACGUUUUAUUUGGAUUCCCCAUAAAUCAGCAAGGACCGGAGGAGUUACAUGACUGGAAAAAUUAUAUUCACGGAUUAUUGCAGCACCCUCCUUUAAUAAAUCUUCACUCGUGACUAUUGUUCUUAGCCUCGCUCAUGUUGAUGACGGACUCUACACGUAUGUUUGAGCUGGUCGUAUGCGUCAUCUGAGCAGAACUUCCUAUGUUCCUGACCGACCAGUGAAUAAAUUUCAAAUUCAGGUAAGCAAUCUCGUUUGAUUUGAUAAGUUAGGAUUAUAUAUAACGAGUUAUUUCCUUUCAACAAACCCAGUGAAGGGUGUUAUAUGGCAUGUACUGCUUUACAAGUGCAUAUUAUAUUCGGGAAAAUGUGUUGCCAACUGGACAAAUUACAGCCUGUAUUGAAUGUUUGUAUAUUCUAGCUAUAUAGCUUUGACACUGAAAUUGUCAACUAUUCCGAGCUCGAUUUUAUUUAUUUGCAAUGCAUAUCUUCUUUUUGAUUCAAUUGGUAUUUUCAUUUACGUUUAUUAUAUUUAAUUUCUUAACUAAAUCGUUGAUUUCAGGGCAGUUUAUCUGUAAUUGCCCUGUAAAAAUGUGUAAUUGCUCUGUAGAAAAGCUGUAAUUGCUCUGUAGAAAAGCUGUAAUUGCACUGUAAAUACUGUAACCUGAUUAGCUGAAAAACAGUGAAAGCCAAA